CGGGAGGAACAUUCUGAGUUCAUUCUGUUUUCUCUACUACAUACAACAACAUACUUGUUACUUCUUACAUCUCACUUUUCUGCGAUCUGAAUUUGUGGAUCUUCCUUCUUCUCCACCGACACACCCUCGUCGAUUCCAAAUCACCCCUUAUCUUUCCAUUUAUUUACAGUCUUAACCUCACCCUCUUCACACCUUCAUUCCAGUCUUAUCAAUCAUCACCGGCGAGAGAGGUGGACAGAGGUUUGGUGUGGCCGCGCCGAACAACAAAAUGCUGGAACGGUGCUUAGGAUCUCGCCGCCUCCGCCAGCUGCAGCGCGCCUCGCGCCGCGGCUUCCUCACCUUCCUCUGCCUCUUCCUCACCGUCAUCAUGCUUCGCGGCACCAUCGGAGCCGGCAAGUUCGGAACCCCCGAGCAGGACCUCGACGAGAUCCGCCACCACCUCGGCCGCCGCGUCGAGCCUCACCGCGUCCUUGAGGAAGUUCAACCCGAAAACAACGACCCCAAUAACUACGCCACCUUCGACAUCUCCAAGAUCCUCGUCGAUGAAGCCGCCGGCGACGACGAAAAGCGGGAUCCGAACGCGCCUUACACUCUCGGCCCCAAGAUCUCUGACUGGGACGAGCAGCGUGCGCGGUGGCUCCAAGACAACACUGACUACCCGAAUUUCAUCCGACCUAACAAGCCGCGGGUUCUUCUGGUGACCGGGUCUUCGCCCAAACCGUGUGAGAAUCCGGUUGGGGAUCAUUACCUGUUGAAAUCGAUUAAGAACAAGGUUGAUUAUUGCAGGCUUCACGGGAUUGAGAUUUUCUACAACAUGGCUCUUUUGGAUGCUGAAAUGGCUGGUUUCUGGGCUAAGCUUCCUCUGAUUCGGAAGCUCUUGCUGUCUCACCCUGAGGUUGAGUUUCUAUGGUGGAUGGACAGUGAUGCCAUGUUCACUGAUAUGGCGUUUGAGGUUCCAUGGGAGCGUUACAAGGAUCACAACUUUGUGAUGCACGGGUGGAAUGAGAUGGUGUAUGAUGAGAAGAAUUGGAUUGGUUUGAACACUGGUAGCUUCCUGUUAAGAAAUUGUCAGUGGUCGCUGGAUCUUCUCGAUGCUUGGGCACCGAUGGGUCCUAAGGGGAAAAUCAGAGAUGACGCUGGGAAAAUUCUCACCAGGGAGCUUAAGAAUCGACCGGUUUUCGAAGCUGAUGAUCAAUCUGCUAUGGUUUAUUUGUUGGCCACAGGGAGGGAGCAAUGGGGGAAGAAGGUGUACCUUGAGAAUCAUUAUUAUUUGCACGGUUACUGGGGCAUUCUGGUUGAUCGGUAUGAAGAGAUGAUUGAGAAUUACCACCCUGGUUUCGGUGAUCAUCGGUGGCCGCUGGUGACUCACUUUGUGGGGUGCAAGCCAUGUGGGAAGUUUGGGGAUUACCCUGUUGAGAGGUGCUUGAAACAGAUGGAUAGAGCAUACAAUUUUGGUGAUAACCAGAUCUUGCAGAUGUAUGGAUUCACACACAAAUCACUUGCGAGUCGCAGGGUGAAGAGAGUGAGGAAUGAGUCUAGUAAUCCACUUGAUGUGAAGGAUGAGCUUGGGUUGCUUCAUCCUGCUUUCAAAGCUAUCAAGUUGCCAACUUCUUCUUGAUAAGGGUUUGUGGAGGUUAUAAUUAUAGCUUCAAGGAAAAGUUGAUAUUGCUUCAGUUUCACACAACUAUAGUCUUAGUCUCUGCUGUCCUUGCAGUUACGUAUAAUCAAUGGAGUUCAAUUCUGUAAUUGAUGUUACUCAUCUCUUUAUUUCAUGAUCACAAGUUCAAAACUGUAAUCUUUAAUUUAUUUUGCUUUUUACUGAUCAUUGUAUUAGUAUUGGGUUAUAUAUAUUGAAUUUUGAGGACAACAAAUACUCCUCUUCUCA